GUGGAACCAGACUUGAAGAACAUUACAAUGUGUGGAGUGUCUUAAGCGUCAGUUCCUCUAGUGUCCACUAGAUGGUGCUCCAAAGUAAAUGGCAAAACCUCCAACUUUCUUCAACAGAGUUUACCACUUGAAGUCAUGUUCUCACUUCCUGCUUGCUCAUGGACUCGCCUCAUCUUUCAAGGCGUGACAUUUACUUUUCAAAAUUAUUGGAAAUUUUGUUUGUUAGAGGCUGUUAAAAACCAUAAAUAUUGCACAAUACAAGAUGUUCUUGUCUGUGACAUACAGUUGAGACUACCUUUUAUAAACCUAUUUACCAACUACAAAGAGACACAGAAUUAGUACUGACACAGAAUGACCAAGUUUAUCAUAUUGCAUAAACAAAGUAACUGUUAAUAUGUUUAUUACUGCAGAGAACCGGAGCUUUAAAUGUGAGUCUUGAUAAAUUUUUAUUAAUUUGCCAAGUUCAGAUGUUUCUGAACGCGCCCCUGAACAAAGUCACACUCCAGGCUUCAGGACGUCCCGUCAGAGCUCAAAUGCAUCAGAUUUCUGUUUGUGACAGAACAGGCGGAGCUAAGCUUCCUGCAAGACGAAGGUCAAGUGCGAAGGUCGUCCUGAGAUAUGUGUGUGUGUGUGUGUGUGUUUGUACCUGUGGGAGGGAUCGAGCAAACAACCUUUAACCCCAACAAAAGAGAGAGAGAGAGAGCAUGUGAUGAUCAGUGACAGCUUGUAAACAAUGUGUUUGGUUUCCCCCGUGUGUGAGUGAGGCGUCACAGGGAACGAGUGUGUAUUUGUGUGUUUUGGGGCACGUCGUGGUCGCCAUGGUUUUCCUCAGACGGACAAUGCUGCUUCGUUACUUGCUGCUGUCGGCCAUGUUGGCUCUGCUUCUCUUCAUCAGCUCCUUCUGGCUACCUCAGGGCGGAGUCAGAGACUGUGGCAGCGCCUGGCAGCCAUGUUUGAUUUUUUACCACCAAACACCCAAGCCUUCAUUGGUCCCUGAGGAGUGGGCGGAGCCUGGUGGAGCCCUGCCCCUCAUAAAGGAGUGUCCCGGCCAGUCGUUUCAGGCCUGGCGUCUGCUGCUGCAUUUAAAGUCCAGUCUGACGGACGAAGACGACAUCCUGCUGGAGCCGUACCUGCAGGGCUGGGACCAGCUCCUCAAUUUCAUGGAGUCUCUCGGGACGAUGGUCAGUUUCUUCUCUCAGAAGGUGAAGGAAAAGGUGGUGCUGAUACGAGACCUGUCACUCAAACACAGUGCAGAGGCUCAUGGGAAUCGCGGUCCUGCUGACAACUCUAGACUACAAACUCCAGCAUCUUUUGGACUAAAAACCGGGGUGAGUCAAAAAAAAAAGAGAGUCACAAAACAUGUCUGGAUAUUUAAAAAAAAUAGUUUGGAAGUGAGUUUCCUGAUUUUUCCUCUUGAGGUGUAUCGGUCGGUUCGGUCCAUGGUGGAGGCGGAGCUAAAAACGGGCAUGGUCAACUUCUCCCGGCGAACAGAUUCGGGCUGCAGAACGCUGCUGAGGCUGCAUCGAUCUCUGCUGUGGUUGAAGCUGAUGUUGGAGGGUUUGGCUGAAGGACCGGACGCAGAUGGACGGUUCAAAACGCCCGGGGAGCUGAGCAGAGACGCCUACAAGGUGGCGUUGGCCCCCCACCACCAUUGGGUGCUCCGUCAGGCCGCCGAGCUCGUCUUCCUCGCCCUACCGGACAGACAGUAUUUCCUGCAGCUGGUGUGUGUCCAGGAGCAGCAAGAGGCUGCGCCCGUGCUCCGCAUCAUCAUCCACGCCCUGGCGCUGGUGCACGCACAAACUCAACGGAUACUUGCCGAACACGACAUGCUGGAGCUGCCAUGACCGACAACAACACGAUGGUACAAACAAGAGGCAAAUGCUAGUUCUUUGGAUCUCAACACUGUAAAAAAUCUACAGUUUGAAGGAGUCGAAGGAUGUGCUGAUGCUUUACAAGCUUCUUACUUUCCCAUAAACGUUAUAAAUGUGAGUUAUUUUUCUUAAGGAGUUGAGCUGUACAAAAUAAGAUAACGGCAUUUACAUUUUCUUUACAGAAUGUAGUUUAUUAUGGUCACAGUUGCUAUAGCAACAAGCAGACUCGCAUUUUUUUUUAUAGUGAAGUACGUGUUAGCGGUUUGCUCUUCAGUUUGCUGCAGACAUAAAAAUGUAAAACCAGGAUAUUCACUGUUAAAAGUUUAAUAAUACCUGUUGAGGAAAGCAUGCACUUUAAGGCACCACAUGCUGCAUUCAGGACCACGUGGGAUUUGGAAGCACUCUCAUCAAAAUACCAAACUGUUUACAAAUGAGGAAUUAUUGCAGAGUUCAAGGGCUGAUUAAGUGAAAUUAACUUACUCGGUUGGAGGAAGCGUCCCAUAUCCCACUCACCCUGAAUGCAACAUUAGUUACAAUGGAAUGUGAAUUAAGAAACAUUGAACAAAUUAAUCCAAAUGUACCCGAAGAAACACUAAAAAUAUCAGCUGUAGAGUUUCAGACUUGAACUUCACCAUCUACACAACAAAGUUUAACAAGUUUUUAUGUUUGAGUGAUUUUUACAUGAGCUGAAAGCAGUAAACACAACAUUAAGUACAACACAAUCUAUACAGUUGAUAGAUACGGUACUUAUUAACUAAAAGUUUAAGAGCAGAAGAAAACGUUUGUUCAUACAGCUACAGGUUUGGAAUCAUAACAGUAUUUAUUACAUUAAACUGACUUUUUAAAAGUUGGAAUCAUUAAAACUUCACUUUUUUUGUUGAUUAUUUUCCACAAACCACUGACUGUAUAAAACGUCACAUUGUUUUGUCGAAACAAAAGUUAUUUAAUCCAAAUUAAAUAAAAGAAAAGCAACAAUUUUGCUCAAAAGUCAGAUUUUAGUAACAGUACCAAAACAAAUAAUUAUUAAAACUGAAUUAAUUUUGUUUUGUUAAUUAAUCAAUGACUUGUUAACGUAUGUUUUUCAUUAGGGUUUGAAAUCGCUCAAAAGCUUUAAAUUCUAAUGCCAAUACUUAAAUUUUUAGAAUUGUUGUAUGGAAUAAUUAAUUAUCACUUAGUAAUUAUCAAUUAUGUCAUUAUCAUUGAUUAUUAGCAAAUUUUGUUUAGUUUCCCAUUUUAUUUCUAAAUAAGGGCUUUUAAUUUUGGUAUUGAUUCCACAACAAAUUUCAGUAAUAGCUUGUUUACAUAUGUUCCUUAGUAGUGCCAGUCAUUUUUAUCUAGUUUACCUUUUUAUUUUUAAAAAAGCAGGGCUGGUUAUUGUUUCACAUUUCCAAUACGAUACCUGAAGUUUGGUAUUGAUUCCACAACUAAUCGAUUGUUUCAGCAAUUCUUUGAUUUUAUUUUUUAUUUUAACCCACGAGUAGGGCUGGAUGAUUAUUUGACAUUUUUCAAUACCAAAACAAAUGUUCUUUGUUUUUUCUGUCAGUUGAUUCAUCGAUUAUUUAUCGAAGCACUUUUGUUGUUUUGUUUUUCAAAAACUGUGACCGAGUGUCGUAUGACGUUUUUCAACACCUGAAUUUCUGCAUCAACAGCAAAACAAUACCUAAGAAUAUGAACAUGUUUUUUUACAAAAACAUUUUCUUUUCAUUUAAAGGUGCUAUUUGUAAGUUUUAGAUAUUGCUACAGAGCUAGCAUUAGCAUUAACAGCUACUUACCAGUGUGGAAGAGACGAUGUGAGUUCAGCAUUAAACGUCUUGUAAUUCCACUUUCUGAGUCCCUGUAGCGUCCAGUCAGUUAGAGGACGGAGAAGCAGCUGCUCAGAGGACGUAUUGUAACUUCCUGACUUGUAAACGCAACGAUGGCUGAAGCUCCUGUUAUCACCUUUAAUAACACCUGCUUCCAGAAAGAAAACUUAGAUACAGCACCUUUAACAAAAGUGAAAUGUUGAAACACGAGAAGCCGUACGCGAGAACUUUGUCUACAUGAAGAGUAACGAAAGAAGAGUGUCAGUGUUCGGCACUUUGACCGACAGGGUUCAGCUUUGUGUCCCGAUUCAGGGGCUUCAUCCUUCAGAGGCUUCAUCUCAAGACCGACUGCAUCACAGCGGCGCGACUACACCGACGUAUCCCAAGAUUCAGUGCGCCGUCUGAGAAUUACACUGUGUAAUGUAAGAAUUGUGUUUCAGCUCCGUUCAACAUUACAACUGUUUAAAACAAAAAAGUUU